AUGAGUUCUGAGGCCAUGAGCAAGCGUCGGCUCAUCGCCACGAUUGCUGAGGAAGACACGGUGACGGGGCUUUUGCUUGCUGGCACGGGGGAAGUCAAGAAUGGCGAGCUGAAUUUCCUCACGGUGAUCCCGGGGAAGACGACCAUUGACCAGAUUGAAGACGCCUUUGACACCUUCACCACCGAGCGCGACGACAUUGCCAUUCUCUUGAUCAACCAGCACUUGGCUGACCAGAUCCGCUACAAAGUGGACUCAUUCUCCAACGCGUUCCCUGCAAUCCUCGAGAUCCCGUCGAAGGACCACCCUUACGACCCGGAAAAGGACUCGAUCCUCAAAAAAGUUCGCCGUUUGUUUGGCGAAUAA